AUGAAGGCCUGUGCUCUUCGAGGUGCUCUUUUUCUUCUAUUUGCAGCCACCACUCCUUAUAGUAUUACUUUAGGAUCAAUCCUGUUAUAUGAUGAUUAUUCUUGUACUGGGACUGCCUGCAGUUCUGAUGGAGAUACCAUUACCUUUUCCAUUGAACUAGUUAUUGUCAAUCCUGAUAAUAAGAUGUACCUUUACACCAUAGAUACUGGUAUUACCAGUGUUACAUUUCUUAACCCAUUGACUCAGAGGAAUGAAACGAUUCAAUUCAAAGACCACAGUUAUCCUCUGUCAGCAGGAGUAUACUGUAACAACAGCUACUUUACUGCUAGCAAGAAUGAUCUGAAGCCAUUUGUAAAACCUUUUCAUAGCACUCCAAUACCAAUAUACAUCAACUAUGAAGACGGAUCCUCUGUAGAGAAGGAUGGUCAAGGCAUUUGUGGAUUUUUUCUUGUUGAUGCUGUCAUAAUUGGAGUGUCUGUUGUUGUUGGAGUUAUUGGUUUAUGUUGCUGCCUUGGAAUUGCUUUGCAAUUCUGGGCAUGUAUAAGGAAGAAAGCAAAGCACCAUCAUGUUUGUUUUACUAAUGCUGUCACUGAUAACCCUGUCCUAAUAAAGGCAGUUUAAACUCUCU